CUCAGGAAAAAAGACUCGCGCUUUUCGAAAAACCUCGAGAUAUAGAGAAGAGAAGCAAGCGAAGUAAGGAAUUCAGCGGAGAGCAAAACCCCCCAUUUCUUCCCUCUUCCUUAUCCCUUUCUCCUUGCCCUGCAAACCCAAAAUGCCAGCUCUCGCGGCGCAUACCCAUCUCCCCACUUCCACAAAUUUCCCCAACUCGCCGGCUUCCCACCGUAGCCGCCGGAUUCCGCCUUCAAUCGCUGCCUCUAACAACCCCCAUCUUCCCACCUUCAAAUGUCAUUUAUCUUCUUCAUCUUCCCAAACCCCACAACCCAUUCAAUCCUCGACUUCCUGCAAACCCCUCCUGAAAUCCAUCGCUAAAGCCCUUGCUCUGUCCUCCUCUGUUACCCUUGUUUUUAAUUUCUCUUCGUUGCUUGGAAAUGGGGGUGGAAACUUCGGUGGGGGCAGCGGAUUUGGUGGUGGGAGUGGUGGAGGCGGUGGUGGGAGUGAUGGGUUUUGGAGGAGAUUCUUAUCCCCUGCUGCAUUGGCGGAUGAGCCUCAGAAUCAGGAGUGGGAUGCUCAUGGUUUGCCUGCCAAUCUUGUUGUGCAGCUUAGUAAGCUUAGUGGGUUUAAGAAAUACAAGGUCUCUGAUAUUUCGUUCUUUGAUCGCCGGAAGGGAAUCACCGUUGGCACUGAAGACUCGUUCUUUGAGAUGGUUUCAUUGAGACCUGGCGGGAUAUACACCAAGGCUCAGCUUCAGAAAGAGCUCGAAACCCUUGCGACUUGUGGGAUGUUUGAGAAGGUCGAUGUGGAAGGGAAAACUAAACCUGAUGGUACUCUUGGUGUCACAAUCUCGUUCUCUGAAAGUACUUGGCAGUCAGCUGAUAGGUUCAGAUGUAUCAAUGUUGGUUUGAUGCAACAGACGAAGCAGAGGGAAAUGGACCCUGAUAUGACGGAUAAGGAGAAGCUUGCCUAUUUUAGGAGCCAAGAGAGGGAAUACAAGAGGAGAAUUUCGAAGGCGAGGGCGUGUUUGUUGCCAACGCCAGUGUAUAGAGAGGUUCUUCAGAUGAUAAGGACUAGGGGGAAGGUCAGUGCGAGGCUUUUACAGAGGAUUCGGGAUAGGGUGCAGAAAUGGUACCAUGAUGAAGGGUAUGCUUGCGCACAGGUAGUAAAUUUUGGAAACUUGAAUACCAAGGAGGUUGUUUGUGAGGUGGUGGAAGGGGAUAUUACUCAGCUGGUGAUUCAGUUCCUGGAUAAGCUUGGUAAUGUUGUUGAGGGAAAUACUCAACUCCCUGUAGUGAAGAGGGAAUUGCCCAAACAGCUACAAGCAGGCGAAAUUUUUAAUAUCGAAGCAGGAAAGCAAGCUCUGAGGAACAUCAACUCCCUUGGUUUGUUUUCAAAUAUUGAAGUGAAUCCACGACCUGACGAGAAGAGUGAAGGAGGGAUUAUAGUUGAAAUUAAACUUAAAGAACUUGACCAAAAGUCUGCUGAAGUCAGUUCGGAAUGGAGCAUUGUUCCUGGACGUGGAGGACGUCCAACUUUGGCUUCACUGCAGCCUGGUGGAACAGUUACUUUUGAACAUCGAAAUAUCAAUGGAUUAAAUCGAUCAAUUCUUGGUACUAUAACAACGAGUAAUUUUUUCAAUCCUCAGGAUGACCUUUCAUUUAAGCUCGAGUAUGUGCACCCAUAUUGGGAUGGUGUCUAUAACCCACGCAAUCGAACUCUUCGAGUUAGUUGCUUCAAUAGCCGAAAACUGAGUCCUGUUUUCACUGGUGGACCUGGAGCAGAUGAAGUUCCACCUAUAUGGGUCGACCGAGCUGGUGUUAAAGCUAAUGUUACCGAGAAUCUUACCCGCCAAAGCAAAUUCACUUAUGGGCUUGUAAUGGAAGAGAUAACGACACGGGAUGAAAGUAGUAAUAUCUGUUCAAAUGGUCAAAGGGCAUUGCUUGGUGGAGGUAUUAGUGCUGAUGGACCUCCCACAACCCUGAGUGGAACUGGUAUCGAUCGAAUGGCAUUCUUACAAGCAAAUAUAACACGGGAUAAUACAAAAUUCAUUAAUGGUGCUAUCGUUGGCGAGAGGAACGUAUUUCAGGUCGACCAAGGCCUCGGGGUGGGCAGCAAAUUUCCGUUCUUCAACCGCCACCAGCUUACCUUGACACGGUUUUUGCAGCUGAAGCAGGUGGAGGAAGGUGCAGGUAAAUCACCUCCUCCUGUGCUUGUCCUCCAUGGUCAUUAUGGUGGCUGUGUAGGGGACCUUCCAAGCUACGAUGCCUUUACCCUUGGAGGGCCUUAUUCUGUGAGGGGUUACAAUAUGGGUGAGCUGGGCGCAGCGAGAAACAUCCUCGAGCUUGCAGCCGAGCUGCGAAUCCCUGUUAAAGGGACCCAUGUAUAUGCAUUUGCUGAACAUGGAACUGAUCUCGGAAGUUCAAAGAACGUUAAGGGAAACCCAACUGAAGUAUAUAGGCGAAUGGGGCACGGUUCGUCAUAUGGUGCAGGGGUGAAGCUAGGCCUAGUCCGGGUCGAGUAUGCGGUCGACAAUAACUCAAGCACAGGUGCAUUGUUUUUCCGUUUCGGAGAGAGGUUUUGAGAUAGUUUAAAUUGGUAUUCCAUUUUUGGAUAGUUAGCCGGCUCUGUAGGUUGUGGGAGAAGAAUGUUGGAGCUUUAUUAUGAAGAUGAUAUGCAGUAUCAAGUUAAGAGUGAUUUAUUGCCUUGGAACUUUUUCUUUUUCUUUUGUUUCUUUUUUACCUCUCUGAUUCUGGUAAAUUUGUUCUAGAGGUGCGACAAAAUCAUCUAUGCUACUUUAAUUUUAUGCUCUGCAUGAACAAUCAUUGAAUAAUUUACUGAUUCCAGAAAUUGGAACGUUGCUAAGUAA